GGAAUCCAGAUCUUCUCCACGAUGACGAAGAUGAAGAUUUUCAAAUUGAUCGUCACUUCUACAAUGUUGGAUUUUCUAUUAUAUUCGAGAUAUAUGAUACAUUAGAUGAACACCAGCUGCAUUCAUUUCAACUAAUACAUAGUACUAAAAGAGUACUAGAAGCAAGCACGUCUACAGCGAACCGCUUACAACAACUGCAUUCAUUUUAACUAACACUAGGAAACAAGUACUAACUUAAUUAAUUUCUGAGAGCUUUUCGUUUUCGUAUUCGUGCACCACAGUGUGCGAUUUAUUACGAUAACGAAGCUCGCUGAAAGGCAAUUUAUUGUUGUCGAUUUUCGUGGUAAUUUAGUUCUUCAUGUUGGUUCUACUUUUCAAGGUACUUCUAGCUAAGGUCCUUGGCUUCUGUUUUCACAAAGACUUAUCAGAUCUUAGAAAAUCGUCUGGAUCAGGACUUACCAGACUUAGUCCUCUAAUGGUACUAAUCUUGAUGUCGUUGCAUCCUUAUUGUUCACGUAAGUGUAGUAAUUCAAAGCCAUUAAAUGCUUAAUCUCUCAGGUACAUCAUUACGAACCAUCAAGGUCUAACUCUAAUUUAACUGAAGUACAUCAAGAGAAGAGGCAUGUCUUCACGAAGCUACUCAAGCGGUUUCUUGAAUUCACUCAAUCACGGCAUGUGAAUCCACUGCGGGUUUUUACUUGAAUUUAAGUACUCAAGAUGAACGCACGAGCAGCCAUAUUUACUGAAUCUUAUCGAAUUUUUUAACGAUGAACCAUGAUUGAUUUAUUACCACCAAAGUUCAGUGGAGGUUUUUUUUUUAAAUGUUCAUCAAUCGUCAGCUUCAUUGAUUACCCACCUAAUAUUUCACCAUCAAAGUAGUAGUAGUUACAACAUGCAAGGAACUACAACGGCACGCGCAUCUUCAUCAAAUGCAUUAAGGUCUUUGCGCCAUGCCUUGUUUAGGGCAUGCAAGAUGACCUACAGCAGACCGAACUUAUAUAUUUUAUUCUUUCGUAAUGAAAGAGUCAACAUCCUCACCAUGGUGAGCAGCAGCAAGAUUUUCUCCUCCUUUAUUACUUCGCGGAAAAAAGACCUGGAGAAGGAGAAGAUUGUCUGCAUCCUGUAAAAACCAGAACCUCAUCAAUUAUAUUUAUGUCGGGAGACGAGAAAAGCUUUCAAUGAAUGGCUCUGAUAAUAAAUAGGUGGAAGGAAGAACUAUACCAGACAUGAACUGGAACAUUCAGACCAUCUAUAUUUGAACGGAAGCUAUACCAGAGGUUCUUGUUCGAACUAUACCAGACGCGGAUCAAUACCGGAGGAGGAGCUUCCUUGAAGAUGCCAAUGCCUCCAUGUGCUAACUAUAUU